UGAUAUUUAGAAUUAGAAGCCAAUUUAGUAAGUAUUUACUAUUUUUAUUUAUUUAUCGUCAUCUUUAUCCAUUUUCCAUUAUGAGAUUCCAAAUUCCUGCUUACCCUUCAAGAUUCCCUCCCCUUUCUCAUUUUCUCACCCCUCUACUUCACUUGAAACCAAGCAUACUAAAACCCAAAGAAUAUCUUCAUCGUGAUUGUCCAAACAAACCCAAAAAAAAAAAAAAAAAUCCAGUUUUCAAUGAAAUUCGGCAAAGAGUUCAAGGCCCAUCUAGAGGAGACUCUACCCGAGUGGAGGGACAAGUUCCUAUGCUACAAACCCUUGAAGAAACUCCUUAAAAACCUUCCUCAAACCCCGACCCUUGAUCCUCAUCUCCCACAUGAUCAACGACCCGUAUUUGCUGACACCACCAACACUGCUGUUACGACCGUUGAUCAUGAUCAUCAACAGCCUCCGGUUGAUUUGCAAGAUUGGUUUGUGAGAAUUCUGAAUGAAGAGCUUGAAAAGUUCAAUGAUUUUUAUGUUGAUAAAGAAGAAGAUUUCGUUAUUCGCUUUCAGGAGCUGAAGGAGAGAAUUGAACAAAUUAAGGAGAGCAGUGGAAAGGGUGGAGUUAUUACAUCGGAGAGUGAAUUUAGUGAAGAAAUGAUGGAUAUUCGCAAGGAUCUUGUCAUAAUUCAUGGGGAGAUGGUGCUUCUCAAAAAUUACAGUUCCCUCAAUUUUGCAGGGCUUGUUAAAAUUUUAAAGAAGUAUGAUAAACGAACAGGGGGACUGUUGCGACUACAGUUCACCCAACUUGUCCUUCGCCAGCCUUUCUUCACGACAGAAUCUCUUACAAGGCUAGUCCAUGAGUGUGAGGCAAAUCUUGAGCUUCUCUUUCCACUGGAAGCAGAAGUCAUUGAAUCUACCACACAAGGAGAACCGAAUUCACCAUCAAAUAACACUGCAAAUCAUUCGCUGGAUGCUUCAUCAACUCUGGGAGAGGGAACCUUGGAUAUAUAUCGUAGUACUCUGGCAGCAAUGAAAGCAAUACGUGGCCUUCAAAAGGCAAGCUCCACGUACAAUCCAUUAUCAUUCUCAGCUCUCCUUAAGAACCAGGAUGGUGACAGUGGUGCUGUAACAGCAGAAAACUCUGCUUCAAACACUUCAGCCACUUUGCAAAAGGGCGAGGAGGCUGAUAAAGAGGAUGCGCAAUCUGUGCAACAUCGCUAGUUUUUCCUUUUUCUUGGCUACUUUUAGUUUUUAUUUUUGUUUUAUAUGUUGGAACAACUGACAAAUGAAUAAUGUGUUGGAAGCUGUGUUUUACAAAUCAGUUUCACGUUAUAUAAGUUGGGUUAAAAAUUAAGGUAGCGUUAAUCUGAAAAAGAUUUUUUGGAAUGUUUUA